AGGGCCUGAGCCCUGAGAGGGCUCCUGCUGUGCACCUGGUGACACAGCGCUGUGCGGCCAGCAGCAUGCUCAACCAGAGCGGUUGAGGCUGUGCUCCCAGGCUUUAAAAGAUGUUGGAAUUCCAAAUAGAGCAAGUUCAGAGAAAGCUUAGGAGCUUCUCCUGAGCACCCACAUUCACUUGGGGAACUGAAACCUGACUCCCCCACCGUGAGUACUGGAUCUACUUCCAACAGCAAAGCACAGUUUAAACAUACCCCGGGCUGCAUAUUCAGCAGAGACAAAGGAUAUUUCUGUGGCCCAAGAGCAAUCUCACCUUGGGGCAAGCCUGGGCACACCUGAACUCACCUCGCCUCACUUUCCAGACCAGGGGGCCUUCAGGAGACAUCUGGUCAGGACCUGGUCUCCUUCCCCGCUGCAGGGACACCUCAAUUUCUUCAUCUAUACAAUGAAAGGAUUUGAAAAAUAACUUAUUUCCAAACUGAGUUGUGGACUGACUACAUCAGAAGGAUCCUGUUCAUUAAAUCAGAAUCUCUAAUGGCAGAUCCAAGAAAUGUGAAUUUUGACAGAACAUUAAAGUCAUUCUGAGAAAAAGCAAAUUUUGAGAAGCAGGAAUUAAUGAAUUUUGAUACUUAAUACUCCUAAAGUAUUAAGAAUAUAGAUUUGCAUGUUUUACAUUUGUGAAUCAUUAAGAACCAUUUUUCACAUCAGAUGUCAGUGGGGCUUCUUUCUCUCUUAAAAACUAUUUUAAAAUAAUAUCAACCCCAUUUGAGACUCUGUGGAAGCCCCCCGGUCUGGGUCCCCUCAGCACGCUCUCCCACUUCCAGCUUUGACAAGGACUUCAUCGUCCGCUAAAUUCUUCAUCUUGAUCUUCAUCUUGUGGCUGCUGCUUCUUUUCUGCUCUGGUGUUGAUCACGGGAGGCUGUGGAUUUCUAUAUGCAAUAUAAUUAGCCACCCAAGUCCCAGGGGCUGAACGUCACCGGAGGCUUUGAGGAGGUGGCCAGGGAGCUUCUGCAGCCCAACACACCCCAGGGUUUACGCAGCAAACCCAUUCUCACAGACCCCAGCACAGGCAAGCGGCCCAGCCCGCUCUCUCUGCUCUCCUUUGUGUUGGUUCCCAGGGGAGACAACACAUGCCCUGCAGGAACCGGGUGGCAGGCAAAAGAGGCAGAAUUUGCAAUGACAGGGAAGUGGAGAUCACAACACUGAGAGAAAUGUGGGGACACAUGAGAGGGCAGAAGAUGGCAAGACACGAAGAAGACCCCUAUGGUUCCGCAGACGACUCCGGGUCCCCGCAGGAGCCCGAGCUGAGGCUCAUCCUGGUGGGCAGGACGGGCGCCGGGAAGAGCGCCACGGGGAACAGCGUCCUGGGCCAGAGGCGCUUCGCGUCCAGGCUGGCAGCCACGUCGGUGACCAGGGCCUGCGCCGCGGCCAGCCGCAGCUGGGCCAGGUGGCGCGUGCGCGUCGUCGACACCCCCGACCUCUUCGGCCCCGACGUGCACCACGCGGACCCCGCGUGCGUCCAGAGGGCGCGCUGCUACCUGCUGUCGGCGCCCGGGCCGCACGCGCUGCUGCUGGUCACCCCGCUGGGCCGCUUCACCGCCCAGGACCAGCAGGCGCUGCGCGAGGUGAAGGAGCUGUUCGGCCCGGGCGUGGUGGCGCGAGUCGUCCUCGUCUUCACCCGCACGGAGGACCUGGCCGGCGGCUCGGUGCACGACUACGUGCGCUGCACGGAGAACCGGGCCCUGCGGGAGCUGGUGGCCGAGUGCGAGGGCCGAGUCUGCGCCCUGGACAACCGCGCCACGGGCAGUGAGCGCGAGGCGCAGGUGGAGCAGCUGCUGGGCCUGGUGGAGGACCUGGUGCGCCGGCAGCGGGGCGCGCACUACACCAACGAGGAGUACCGCCUGGCGCAGGCGCUGCAGGCCGCCGACCCCGAGGAGAGGCUCCGCAGGGUGGCGGAGAAGCUGGCGGGCCGCCUGCGGAGACCCCGCGGGAUGCGGCUGCUGGCGGGGCUGUGGGCGUGGCGCAAGUCCCAGGGGACCUACUGGAGCCUGGGCCUGGCCCUCCUGCUGGGGGGCGCCGUCCUGGUCUAUGUGCUGCUCUGGAGUCGUCUUGGUGACCCGAGUGACAGAGAUCUCAAGUCUCCCCGCGGGUCCCGGGCUGUGGACCAGGAGCGGUGCGUCCUCCUGGAGAUCCUGCGGCCGGGAGAUCUGUCCGCUCAGCCCCGGCUGCUCCUGACGCGUUGGCCCAGCGUCCCGCGGCGCGCGGCAGGUGGCCGGGCCCUGCGGUCAUCCGCUUUCCUGAGAGGGACCCCGCACUGGCUGACCGCCGCCCCCGGUGAGAAACUCCUGGGGGACUCUAGGCUUCUCCAGGCUCCUUUACAAGUGGAGAAAAGAAUGGAAGAGUUUCAGAAAAGCAGAUAUGGGACUAUGAAUGAAGGUGGAGUAGAAGAGCUCUGGUUUGUAACAUCGGCCUCACUGAGGAUCCUCCUGGUGGGCAGAACAGGCAGCGGGAAAAGCGCCACGGGAAACAGCAUCCUCUGCCGGCCAGCCUUCGAGUCCAGGCUGGCCACCCGGCCGGUGACCAGGACCUGCCAGGGGGAGAUGGGCAGGUGGAAUGGGAGGGACAUCCUGGUGGUCGACACGCCCUCCAUCUUCGAGGCGGAGGCCCACAGCCAGGAGACCUACAAGAACAUCGCCGACUGCUACCAGCUGUCUGUCCCCGGGCCCCACGUGCUGCUCCUGGUCACCCAGCUGGGGCGCUUCACGGCCCAGGACGCCGUGGCGGCGAGGAGGGUGAAGGAGGUGUUCGGGGCCGAGGCCAUGGAGCACACGGUCGUGCUCUUCACCCACGGGGAAGACCUGGGGGACGAGUCCUUGGACCAGUACGCGGCCGGCACGGACAACCCGGGCCUGCGCCGGCUGCUGGCCGAGUGCGGCUGGAGGUACUGCGCCUUCGACAACCGCGCGGCGGGCGAGCAGCAGCGCGGGCAGCUGGCCGGGCUCAUGGCGGUGGUGGAGCGGCUGCAGCGCGAGCGCCAGGGCUGCUUCCUCAGCAACGAGCUCUUCUUCCAGGCGCAGGGGCUGAGGCCGGGCGCGGGCGCCGCGGGCCGGGACGCCUACGGGCUCUACCUGGCCAAGGUGCGGGCGCACGUGCACAGGCAGAAGCAGGCGCUGCGGCGGGACGAGCGGCGCCGCCAGGUCCGGGCGCUCCUCGCAGGCCGGGGCUGCACGCUUCCUCACUGUGUGCUGUCUGCCCUUGUGAUCCUGUGCGCUUUGCUUGUCCUUGCCAUUUUAAUGAGCUUUUGUUUUAAUCACAAGAACUGAGCAUUUUCUCGGGGUUUUCCCUCAGUGACCGGCAUGGUGUGCCUUUUCGUGCAGAUGAUAAUGCUGGAGGACAGACAGAUGCAAAUGGUGGGAACAGGAGAUAAGAGAAUGAUUCUAUUAAAUGGGCCUCCUGUGCUGACACCCACGUGCUUUUCCAAGAAGCAAUUUACCUGAAGUCCUGCCUGACCUAGGUAGACAGACUUUGUCACAUUCCUCAGCAAACUACCUGCCAUCUGCAGCAAAAAUGCAGGCCUGAAAUAAUGUCCAUAAGAGGAACCCACGUUACCCUGAAGCGGGAGACUUUUGUGAUCUCUUUCACAGACCAGAUCCCAAAACUCGGGGAGAUAAGGAUAAUUGCUCUGAACCACAGAAUCUGUGAGAAUUUAUAGUUAAAAAUCCAAUUAGAACCAGUCAGCCUGGGCCAAGUUGACCCAAAGCUUGGGGACUUGAAAGUCUGACUUCAUCCUGCUGACAAGAGUGAAGAGGUGGACCUGGAUGGGACUCUGGAAACUUCUCUGGGAUCUCAAUAAACUAGAGUGCAGGAGAGGCAUGUUGUCCCUCUCCUCUCCAAGAGGAUCUACUCUCUCCCUUGAGAGUGUCCCUUUUCCCUUUUCCUUUCCCUUCAAUAAACUCAUGCCUGUUACUCUGAGUGACAUGUCUGAAAUCUUUCCGACUUGUUCACAAGAAUCAGGGUUCCAAGGGAGGUCUUUGUACUGCUUCAGUUUCCCAGAAGCCUCAACAGUUUUAAGUA